AGGAACGCUCCCCCAAGAGCAGCAAGGUAGUCCUAAACACUCUAAAAAAAGCGAAAAUGGGACGGUUGUGAAUACUUUUCGCAGCUGGUUUAUUGAUUAUCUACCGAAGUUGAAGUAGUGGUAAAGUUUUUGCGAAGAAGUUGAACGAAGUGCUUUAGUAGAAGAAGUCGUGCGUUGGUUUCGCAGAACAUUUACACUUCUUAACUCGAGGACACCAGGCGAAAAGUAGCAUUACCUUCUUGCGUUGUGGCAUAAUAUUGUUGGGUCGUUAUAAUUUCCACCGUGUAACAUAAAAAUAAAACUAAAACGUAAGCGGAGACUACGAUCACUACAGACGACAAAGACAAAAAGCGGAUUUUUACGUAAGGUAAAGCGUAGCAGCAUUGUACUAGUAAACGACUUCUUACAUUUGACAGCGAACCUUCAAAACGCGUACCUUCCUUCGCGCAACCAUCGAUGAAAAUGGCGCAACCGCUUCUGUAUCAAAUGCAAAUAUGUCUGGGUCUGGAAGAGUGUAAACUUGUCAUGCAGGUUUUCCAUGAUUCGUGAGAUCUGGAAUGCGGGACCUAGCAUGACAGAGUCUGCGAGGUCUCUGCCAUGCCUAUCCUGCAUGAGAAACUCCCUCCAAAAUUGGUCGAAAGUGGACAGCUUUUGGCACUCAUGCAACACAGAUUUCUACAUGAUUCAGAUUCAGCAUGACAAGUUGCAUUCUUCCAGCCCCAGACAUUUUUGCAAUCCAUAUUCUGCACCAGGUUCCGAUCCAGCUGCAGGCGGGGCAGCGCGACGCGGCCCCCUUAUCCUGAGUAAAAACGUCCCCACGCCAUAGUUGUCAUGCAGAUUGGCAACGACAAGCAAACUUGUGAUGCGCAUCCCCAUGAAAUGCAUUUUCAAUCGUGUUUUGAAAUUUGUGAUGCUGUAAACAGGAUGAGCAGCUGGGUUUGUAAUGCGGAUGACCUCGCUAACCUGAACUACACUACGAGCGGCAAUUUGUCAUGCGCUACAGCCACAACUUCUGGAUUUGUGUUGCGAGAUCCCCAUCUUGACUCUGGGGUGGGCACGCUUUUGCUCAGGAUAUCCCUUGGAGUACUGGAACUCGGAUUACUUCAGCGCUGGCGGGGAAAUAUCCGGUGCAAAGGCAUCGUACUGGUACAACUACCGAUUGCAGUUCUGCAAGACAAAUUAGCUUUUUCAUGCUAAAUCAGCAUGAGAAAUUCCAUUUGUCAUGCUGAGCCAAUUUGUAAUGCAAUUCAUACUAGUACGAUGCUUUUGCAAUUCAUAGGAAAAUGCCGGCACUGAUUUCGCCAACCUGAAUGACGCGAAUUGGCGGACGCAGACCAAGGAACAGCACAACGGGUUUUCGCAUCACCAGGCCAUGCAGAUGCUGGGAAAAGAAAACUACAUGAACAAUCUGUACUACAACAAUAAUAACAUGGUCGCGAUGAUGGGGAAGAGCUUGGUCCUAUCAACCGCAAAUAUGUCAUCUCGGUGGUGUGGAAAUUUGUGAUGCUGAGUCGUCAUGAUUGAGUGCGCCUUUAAGUAGUCCAGUGAAGCAUGACAAACCUUUGGAGCGCUUUCGCAUGCGUAGUGCGCAUCACAAACUGCGUCGACUGUGCAUGACGAAAGUUUGGCGCUUUUGCUGCUUUUAUGCAAUACACAUUUCGCAGGAGUGUAAGACUAGCAUUACAAGUUCCACCUUUCGUCCAGACCCAGAUCGAUAUUUGCAAUGCAUAAGUCCCUGCCGACGCCAAUUCUGGCGGCAACAUGCAGAAUUACUGGCCGGAUACGCCUUCCACGGCUAUCAAAAGUAAAAAUCCCUCCUCUCCAUAUGAAGCCGAAGUUUCUGAUGCUGGAUUUGCGUACACAAAUCAGAUUUGUCUUGCUGGAGAGGACUUCUAUAGGCCUAUACUAAGACUGAGUAGAUGUUUUGGGCUGGACGCUGAGCAUGGCAAAUGUCUAGUCUGUAGGGCCAACAGCAUUACAAACCGCCUGCAGAAGAUUGCGGCGGAGCCGGUGGAGUUGCGUUUUUGCAAGACAGAGACGAUUCGUGGUCACAAAUCUGCAUUGCAAAUUUUCUGAGACAUACCUUUUCGAUACGGGGAGGGGGGAUUUUCCCUUACGAUAACGGCGGCCCCGUCGUCCCCCAUCAGUCGAGGCAUCACGGUGGACAGUGCCGCCGGUGGUCCUUUUGGCAACAUGAAUGGAGGUGGUUUCUACGGUCCUAAUUUCGACGACAGUCCGAUGAUAUCAAAUGCAAAAAUGUCUGGGCCUGGAAGAAUGCAAGACUUGUAAUGUAGAUGUUUCAUAACCCAUGACGUCUGGCAUGUAGGACCUAGCAUGACAGAUUCUGUGAAACAGCUAUCAUACCUAUCCUGCAUGAGAAACUGCCGCUGAACUUGUUCAAAAGUGGACAUCUUUUGGUAAUCACGCAACACAAAUUUUUGGCACGAUCGAGAUUUAGCAUGCCAAGUUAUAUAUAACCUUCCAGACCCAGACAUAUUUGCAAUGCAUAAAUGAAUGGGACGAACAACGCCUUCCUGAACAAUCGAUCCAUUUCGUGGGACGACAAUGUGAAUACCUCGAUGUUUAGCGACAACCCCUUCAGUAUCAAAUGCAAAUACGUCUACAUCUAGAAAAAUGUAAACUUGUCAUGCAAUCUUCUCUCCAUGACCCACGAGGUCUGGAAUGCGGGACCUAGCAUGACAGACUCUGUGAGGUGGUCUCUGUCAUGCCUAGUAUCCUGCAUGAGAAGUGUCCUCCCAACUUCGUCGAAAGUGGACAGCUUAUUUUGGCACUCAUGCAACACAGAUCUUUGCACGAUCCGGAUAUAGCAUGACAAGUUGCAUCCUUCCAGAGGACCCAGACAGGUUUGCAAUGCAUAUUCAGCAACGGGCAGAUCAUGAUCCAAUUGGUCCCGAACAAGGACCAGCUGCGGCAGUCCAUGAUGAGCAAAGAGUCCAUAUCCUGUGCAAAAGUAUCGUACUCGUAUUGCAAUCAUGCAUUACAAAUCCUUUUGUUAAAGGUAAAUCAGCAUUACAAAUUUUAUUUCUCAUGCUGAGGAAAUUUGUAAUGCAUUUAUACGAGUACGAUACUUUUGCAGUUCAUAGUCCAUGGCGUCCAACAAAUCGGGCCGGUCGGACGGCACGAAGAUCUACGACGAGGAACACGACUUUGGUCUGUGCGACUUUUACGGGAAGAUGUUCCGGAUGUGCAAGGUAUGACAGUGCACAACUCCUCCUCCCCCUUAUUUGUCAUGCAAAACCCCAGUUCCAGUCGCUGCCCUGUGGCACUGUUUGCAUGACAAAUUUAUUCAAAAGCCCAAACAGUACCAUACAGUAGGUACAUAAAUUUGUCGUGCACAGGCUCCAGGGUCGCUGGCGUUUGUAAUGCUGUUGUAUGUACUUAUGCAAUACAAAUGCGGGGGAGGGGGAGUUGUGCGCUGGCAUACAAGGAACUCGGGUUUGACAACGAGAAUUGCCAGCAGCAGUUGGCUAUCAAAUACAAGUAUGGGUCUGGGAGAUUGAUUGCGAGAUUUGUCGUGCUAGUCUGGCAGGACUCUGAACUCUGUAUUGCGCCGUGGCCGCGAAGAGCUCCGCUCGCCUGUCAUGCAAAAACGCAGUUUCUCAUGCGGAGUACGCUACUCAGAAGCAGAACCACGGAAAAACUUGUCAUGCUUGGCAGCGCAUUACAGUGUAGUCACUAUUUUCCCCGUCCUUGCAUCACAAGUUUCCAGACCCAAACAUAUUCGCAAUGCAUAUUGGCCCACAAGACCGGCGGUGGCACUUUCUUCCACUACGCGGCGAAAAAGAAUAACAAGCCUCUCUUCGACUACCUAGUGCUCAACCUGGACGAAACGAUUAUCAAGCAGCAGGUGCACGUGAUCGACGAUUUCGGCAAGAAGGCCAUUGAUUUGGCGAACCCGAAGAAGAAAAACUCGCUCUUCGAAGAGUUCUCGGCCCUGAUGGUCAGUUUUCCGGCGGAAGACAUCGAUUUUUCGAAUCCGGCGAACGAACAGGUUUUCGCGAAGGAGUGGAAGUACCAGUUGCAGAAGAAUCCGGAGUUGCGCAAGAAGCUGGAAGCGGCUAAGAAGGCGCAGGCCCAGAGCAAGCUGGACGACGGCGCGAACAGCAAUGACCUCCUGGAUGAGAAAUCCUAUCAAAUGCAAAAAUGUCGGGGUCUGGAAGGUUGGAACUUGUGAUGCUAACUUCGGUCUCUAAAAGACUCUGUAUUGCAUGACCAGCAAAAGCAGGGGUCUAGUUUGUGCUACGCGGGGAGGGCGUUUGUCAUGCGGAGUAGGCAUCAGGAAGCCGUCUAAAAAUCUGUGAUGCUAGGGCGUGCAUUACAGACGUCCUGGGUCAUGCAAAACAUGCAUGACAAGUCUCAGAAUCUUCUAGACCCAGACACUUUUACAUUUGAUAAAUCCGGCAUGCCUUCUAACGUGGCCGGCCAGGAUAUGAAACUGCAUAACUCCCCCUCGUUCUCAUUUCUCAUGCAAAAUCCCAAAUCAAAUUGGUUUCUCGCGUCACUAUCAUGCAUCACAGAUUCCGGACAGCGCCCAAACAGUACUAUUUACACUAGGCACAUGAAUUUGUCAUGCGCAGGGGGCUCCACUCGUGCAAGUGUUUGUAUUGCUGUUCAUGCAAAAUCAAAAAUACAGAUGAGGGGGAGGGCGAGUUGUGCACUCUCAUACAGGAGAAAGUAAUCAAGGCGAGUGACAUCAUGUCUCCGUACGAAGCCGUAUGCAAUGCAAAAGCAUCGUACUAGUAUCAAUUGCAUCACAAAUUAGCCCAGCAUUACAAAUUCAAUUUGUAAUGCGGAUUUACCUUGAGAAAGAGAUUUGUAAUGCAUAAAUGCAAUUACUACGAGUGCGAUACUUUUGCACAGGAUAAGCCGAGGAGCUGGUGCCGGCGGAGUACAAGAAGUGCUUCAAGAUGCUCAACAACCAGGGCUGGAAGGCACUCGACAACAAGUGGCCCAACAACGGACAGACCAUUUUGCACUACGCGGCGAAAACGGGGAAGGAAGACCUGUGCCACUUCUUAAUCCUCCACUACGGAGCCGACCCGGAGCAGAAGUGCCACCACGGUCACGACGCCGCCUGGUACGCGAAGUCAAAGAAGCACCGGCUGCUGGCCAAGAAACUCUAUUUCCGCUUUUUGAAGGAGGUCAAGUAA